GCAUGUUGUGGAGGAUAAAGGUUUAGACAUGAACAGUCAUGUUGUAGUGGAUAAAGGUGUAGACAUGGAGUCAUGUUGUGGAGGAUAAAGGUGUAGACAUGGACAGUCAUGUUGUGGGUGAUAAAGGUGUAGACAUGGAGUCAUGUUGUGGGUGAUAAAGGUGUAGACAUGGACAGUCAUGUUGUGGGUGAUAAAGGUGUAGACAUGGAGUCAUGUUGUGGGUGAUAAAGGUGUAGACAUGGAGUCAUGUUGUGGGGGAUAAAGGUGUAGACAUGGACAGUCAUGUUGUGGAGGAUAAAGGUGUAGACAUGGACAGUCAUGUUGUGGGGGAUAAAGGUGUAGACAUGGACAGUCAUGAUGUGGGGGAUAAAGGUGUAGACAUGGACAGUCAUGUUGUGGAGGAUAAAGGUGUAGACAUGGACAGUCAUGAUGUGGGGGAUAAAGGUGUAGACAUGGACAGUCAUGUUGUGGAGGAUAAAGGUGUAGACAUGGACAGUCAUGUUGUGGAGGAUAAAGGUGUAGACAUGGACAGUCAUGUUGUGGAGGAUAAAGGUGUAGACAUGGACAGUCAUGUUGUGGAGGAUAAAGGUGUAGACAUGGAGUCAUGUUGUGGGUGAUAAAGGUGUAGACAUGGAGUCAUGUUGUGGAGGAUAAAGGUGUAGAC